AUGUUCGGAUUGGCCCAACAGAAUCCAAAUGGAUUGUGCUCGCAGUUGUGUGCUUUUCUCCGCCAUAGAAACGUCGAGCUGAUGUCGUCGAAACAAGAUACUUCAGCUCCGCAGGGUUACAAUAUGGGGCAUCGUCAUUCGUUGACCAUCGAAACGAAUCCGCUUCACCUUCUACCAUCAAACAUGCGUCGCUUCUCGCAGGCCGACACUGCUCGUCAUCCAGCAGCACCAUUGUUGUCGAAAUUGGCUGCUCGACAGCAAAUUCCGGAAGCGGUUGCUGAGAAGAAGGACGACGAUGAACAGCAACAACCGAAGCCAGAGGAGAAAUGA